AUGCACAUGCUAGGCAUUAUCUGGCUUGCAGUUCUACAGACAGCCUUCAGCUAUUUGCCAUACGAGCGGGGGCCCUUGGAACAAUUCCACAAUGCCCUCCCACCAAAGUCUCUGCUGGAUAAAGAUACUGGCAUGCUUCUUAAGCCGCUGUUGAGACCGCGUGUUUCAGGGACUGAGGGAGCAUCAGAAGCGCUAGAGUUCCUGAAGAGCUUCUUGACGCACAAUCUCACCAACUGGAAGGUAGAAGAGGAUCGCUUUGUGGACAAAACGCCGCUCGGUGAUGUAGAGUUUGUCAAUCUGAUUGCAACGCUUGAUCCACCUGGAAGCACUCCAGAGAAUGUCGGCCAUCUUGUCCUGGCAGCGCAUUACGAUUCGAAACGGCUACCGGCAGGCUUCAUUGGCGCAAUUGACAGCGCUGCACCGUGUGCUAUGUUGCUCUACAUCGCCCAGAUGCUCUCUGAGAAUGCUCCAAAUUUUUGGGAGUCGCAUACUUACGACGGCAGCAAAGUAGUAUCGGACUGGGAACGCACGGCGGGACGCGAUGCCCAUCAGAAGGGCGUUCAGUUGAUCUUCUUCGAUGGAGAAGAGGCUGUUCACGACUGGACUGAUACCGACUCCAUCUACGGCGCUCGUCACCUGGCAAAAGAGUGGGAAACGGAGCAUCUACGCCCUCAACCUACGUCAAGUCGUCACACUAAGCUGCAGACGAUCGACUUGUUUGUGCUGCUCGACUUGCUUGGAGCAAAGGACACAACCAUCCCAAGCUAUUUUCCCACGACACACUGGGCCAUCAAGCACUUGGCACGCAUCGAGCAUGAGCUCCGGUCGUCGCAGUCGCAGUCUCAGUUUCCGGGUGCCUUUGCCAAACAGUCAGCAGAUCCAAUAUUUGAUGCACGUCGUCAAAUGUUCGGUGCAGCAGGAACAAUUGGCGAUGAUCACAUGCCGUUCUGGAAGAAGGGUGUCGAGAUUCUGCACAUCAUACCAGUGCCCUUCCCACAUGUUUGGCACACUAUGGAAGACAAUGGCGACAAUCUAGACCAAGAUUCUGUCCGCGAUCUUGCCACGAUAUUUUCAAUUUUCACAGCAGAGUGGAUGGAGUUUUCUCGCGACAGGAACUUUUAUCCUGCGCCUGAACGUUAG